ACAUAUCUCUAAUCCAUAGUUUCCCAUGAAUUAAGUAUGAGGACAGUGUUAAUGGUUGCGGAAAAGCCAUCUCUGGCUCAAUCCAUAGCGAAGAUUUUAUCUCAUGGUUCAUGUAAUACAAGGAAAAGCAUCAGUGGAUCUUGCCCUGUGCAUGAAUAUGAUGAUAAAUUUUAUGGCGAAAGAGUCAGCUUCAAAGUCACGUCUGUGUGUGGUCAUGUCAUGUCAUUGGAUUUUGAAGGAAAAUAUAAUAACUGGGAGAAAGUUGAUCCUGGGGAAUUAUUUUCUGCUCCAACUAUGAAAAAAGAAGCAAAUCCCAAAUUAAAUAUUAUCAAAUUUCUGGAAAAAGAAGCACGAGGCGUAGAUGCGAUUGUGCUAUGGUUAGAUUGUGAUAAGGAAGGAGAAAAUAUCUGCUUUGAAGUUUUGGACAUUGUGGAACCAAUCAUGAAUAAAAGUAGUGGACGCAAAAGAGUUUACAGAGCCCGGUUUAGCGCUAUUACUGAUAAAGACAUUCACGAGGCAAUGAGAAAUUUAGCGGAACCUAAUUAUAACGAGUCACUCUGUGUUGAUUCGAGACAGGAAUUAGAUUUGAGACUUGGAUGUGCUUUCACUCGUUUUCAAACCAGAUAUUUUCAGGGUAAAUAUGGAAACCUGGAUAGUUCUCUGAUAUCAUAUGGACCAUGUCAAACACCUACUCUUGGUUUCUGUGUUGAUCGUCACGAUAAAAUCCAAUCGUUCAAACCAGAAAAAUAUUGGGUGAUGAAUGUCGAAGUUAAAUGUCCAACAAGUGGAAUCACAGUAAAAUUAGAUUGGGCAAGGGUUCGAUUAUUUGAUCAGGAUGUUGCUCAAAUGUUUUUGGGAAUCAUCAAAUCAAAUGAUAUUGCGAUUGUUCAAAGUGUGAAAACAAAAGAAAAAUCCAAAUCAAAGCCUCAAGCAUUAAACACAGUAGAGAUGCUUAGAGUCGCAAGUUCAUCGCUAAAUAUUGGACCUCAGCAAACCAUGCAGAUUGCUGAACGACUCUACACGCAAGGAUACAUCAGCUAUCCUCGUACAGAAACUACUCAAUAUCCUGAAAAUUUUGAUUUCAAAGCAGUUUUGCAAACUCAUAAAUCUCAUAGGCAUUGGGGAAAUUAUGUGAGUAGUUUGCUUGAAAGAGGAUUUUCUAAACCAAGAAAAGGAAAAGAUGUUGGUGACCAUCCUCCUAUUACACCCAUGAGAAGUGCUUCUGAAAGUGAAUUAGAUCAUGAUAGUUGGAGGAUAUAUGACUAUAUUACUCGCCAUUUCAUGGCAACGUUAAGUCCAGAUUGUGUUUAUUUAAGAACCGAAGUCUGUUUUGCUGUUGGAUCAGAAACAUUCUAUUGCACUGGAAACAGCCCACUCAAACCUGGUUAUACAGAGAUAAUGCCUUGGCAAUCAAUAGAUGGAAGUCAAACUGUUCCUAAAUUUGAACCUGGGGAAGAAUGUAAAGUAGAAAAGGCUGAACUUCAAGAAAAGCUCACAGGUCCUCCAGAUUAUCUGACUGAAGCUGAAGUCAUAACUUUAAUGGAAAAGCAUUGUAUUGGUACUGAUGCUAGUAUUCCUACUCAUAUCAAUAAUAUUUGUCAAAGAAAUUACGUCUCUGUAUCAAGUGGAAGAAGAUUGAUUCCAACUACACUUGGUAUUGUGCUUGUCCAUGGUUAUCGCAAGAUUGAUCCUGACUUGGUCUUGCCAACAAUGAGAGCGGCAGUUGAAGAACAAUUGAAUCUAAUUGCAGCAGGGAAAGCAAAAUAUGAAGCAGUCCUACAACACGCUAUCAAUAUAUUUCAACAAAAAUUCCAUUAUUUUGUUGAACAAAUAUCGGGAAUGGAUCAAUUAUUUGAAGUUUCUUUUUCUCCACUUUCUGAAACAGGAAAGCCUAUGUCAAGGUGUGGAAAAUGUCGACGUUUCAUGAAAUAUAUAUCAGCUACACCAGCAAGAUUGCACUGUAAUACAUGCGAUGAUACUUACAAUCUUCCUCCGAAAACCACUAUGAAGUUGUACAAAGAACUUCGAUGUCCUUUGGAUGAUUUUGAACUGCUGCUAUGCUCAACAGGGUCUCAAGGAAAGACUUAUUCAUUAUGCCCGUAUUGUUACAACUAUCCUCCGUUCCGAGACAUGAAGAAAGCAUCGGGAUGUAAUGCCUGCACUCAUCCUGCAUGUUCACAUUCUCUCAUGGCAUUAGGAGUUACUGGAUGUGUGGAAUGUGAAAAUGGAAUCUUGGUUUUCGAUCCAACUUCCGGCCCUAAAUGGAAAUUAUGUUGCAAUAAUACAAGAUGUGCUUCAGUGGUUUCUUUGUUCAAAAAUGCACACAAGGUGUCAGUCACUGAAAGCAAAUGUGGAGAUUGUGGCUCAUAUGAACUUGCUGUUGAUUUUCAUAAGGAUACAUCACCAUUGGAUAUAGGAGAGACUAAACACACAGGGUGCAUUUUCUGUGAUCAUAUUUUUUCUGGUCUCAUUCAAGUGAAGAAAGCAAGAACUGCAGUAAGACAACAACAUGGUGGGAGAGGGCGUGGCCGAGGGAGGGGUAGGGGGAGAGGUCGUGGAAAACCGCCAAAGGACAAAAUGUCCCAACUAGCCAGUUAUUUUGUGUAACAUUUCACUGGUAAUGCCUUAACCUAAUAAAUCAUGGAGUUCCAUAGUCUUGUUAUAUUUGUGAAGGCAAAGUAAGGAUGAGUGGGAUUAUAUGACAGAUAUUCACACUAGCAUUGUUUGGUGUAAAUUCAUGAGUCAAGUCUGGGUCUUGCAUACAUAGCGUGCUUCUGUUUUUAAAGUCAUAAGGCCAG